UCCAGUUUAUAUCAAGUUUUACUUCCUGAAUUUAUUUAGCUGAUUAUAAAUUAUCAGUGAUUUUUAUCUCUGUACGAUUAUGAAUUAGACACUGCAUAUGGCUUAGCUUCGCAGGCGUAAAUACAUAUUUGUGAAUUGUGACCAGAUUCGCAAAAUGCUGCGUCUGAACUUCUAUCCUUUUACCGUUUACGGAUGAUAUAAUCAAAGUCCAACAGCCUUAAUCGUGCUUUGGCUGCUUGAACUGGCAGUCCUGCAAUAGAAAUAGAUUAUCCUCCAAGGACAAUGACGAACCCUCGACCAGGCCCCGGUCGGAUUCACAAGCUGGACGAGAGUGUCGUUAAUCGCAUCGCUGCGGGGGAAAUCAUCGUGCGUCCUGCUAAUGCUGUGAAGGAGAUGCUGGAGAACAGUCUGGAUGCAGGCGCGACCGAAAUCAGUGUGGUGGUGAAAAACGGCGGACUUGGUAUGGUGCAGAUCCAUGAUAAUGGCUGUGGGAUUAAGAAAGAGGAUUUCUCCAUCGUAUGCGAACGGUUCACGACGAGUAAAAUCGAGAAAUUCGACGACAUUACCCGGUUAACUAGCUUCGGAUUCCGUGGGGAAGCGUUAGCCAGUAUUAGCUUCAUCGGCAAAGUGCGCAUCAUCAGCCGGACAGCGGACGCGGUGUGCGCCUAUCAGAUGGAGUACAACAUGGGAUUACCCAUGGCCGCCGCGAAAGCCCUGGCAGGAAAUGUUGGCACCAUGAUUACCGUGGAAGAUUUUUUCUAUAAUAAUCCAACCAGACGCGCCGUACUGUCCAGCGCUGCGGAUGAAUACGGGAAGAUUAUGGAAGUGCUGACAAAGUAUGCGAUGCGCUAUCCGCAUGUAGGAUUUUCUCUGAGAAAAUUCGACCAGCAUGCUGCUGAUCUGCGCACCCCGGCCAAGUCCACGACAUUGGAUAACGCUAAAAUUCUAUUCAAAGAUACCAUCUCGCGAGAACUUCUGCCUGUUGAGGAUACGAAUGACAAAUUCCAGUAUAAACUAACCGGUUACGUUAGUAAUCCCAACUUCUCCACCAAGAAGUACAUCUUCCUUUUCUUCAUAAACGGAAGAGCGGUGGAAUGCGGUGAACUGCGAAAGUGUAUGGAAUUACUGUAUGCUCCCAUAUUGCCAAAACAGGGCUUUCCUUUCGUUUACUUGAGUUUGGAUUUGCCACCCAUUCUCGUGGACGUCAACGUGCAUCCCACCAAAGCCGAGGUGCAUUUCCGCUUUGAGAAGGAAAUCAUCGCCAGCCUGUACACCGCCGUCCAGCAGUGCCUUCUAACCUGCGAUCAGUCGCGCACCUACUCUGUUAUCAUCCCUCCGGCGCGCACCCUCUCCACCGGCUCCAACAGCAACGAACUGCCGUAUCUCAGUCAGGCCAGCACCAUCCUGCCCGACCGCAUCACCCCCGCGCGGGCGGUCCGCACCGACAGCCGCCUGCAGACGCUGGACGCAUUCAUCCGGCCGUCCAGCGCCCUGGACAUCGAUGUGGAUGAGGAACUACGCAGUAUGGAGACCGCGGCCUCGGAGGUGGUCAGUUCGGUGCUGGCGACCAAGGAGCGCGCCCGGGAGUUUAAUUAUACCAGUCUGCUGGAGCUGCGGGCCACCGUGGAGGGCAGUAUGGAUGUGGAGCUGCGGAAGGUGUUCGCCGAGCAUAAGUUUGUCGGGUGUGCGUCGGAGAACACGGUGCUGAUACAACAUGGGACCAAAAUGUUCGCGGUGAAUAUCAGACGACUGAGUGAAGAAUUGUUUUAUCAGCUGGUGCUAUUCGAUUUCGGCAACUUCGGUGUGUUUAAACUGGAAAAGCCCUUCCCGCUUCGCAAGCUGCUGUACUUGGCCAUGGAUGAGCAUAGUGCGACGCCUGUCAGUGAUUUGGCGGAAAGGGAACAUAUCGCCGAUAAAGCCACGGAAUUCUUGAAGGGCAAAGGAAAAAUGUUGGCUGAUUACUUCUCGCUACAGUUUAGCACGCAAGGAAAUCUGUUAACGUUACCGAUAUUGUUGACCAAUUAUGUUCCACCGUUGUCUGAACUCCCGUUAUUUAUUGGCCGACUGGCGACGGAAGUACGAUGGACAUCGGAAAAGGAGUGCUUCGAAGACAUCGCCCGUGAAAUCGCCAGUUUCCACGCAUUCUGUCGGGAUUUCUACGCGGAAAAUGACAAUACAGCUGCAUCAUGGAAAUGGACCGCUGAGCACAUCAUCAUGCCGGCCGUUCGCUCCAUGCUGCUCCCGCCCAAAUCCAUGUGGACGGACAGGAUUAUUGUGGAAGUUGCUGAUCUGCCGAAACUCUACCGGGUCUUUGAACGCUGCUGAAAGUGCGAUGAGGCGCAGCGUUUCUAUGGAGUUGAUCUGAUUCACCGCGUGAGUCGGGCUGGUAUGUGAUCUGCUCUUGUCGGGAUUAUACAGAAUCUGAUGGAGACUUAAAAUACAUCCAGUGUGAAUUUUUACGAGUCAGUUGACGCAGUUUUCUUCCUUUUUCUGUGAUUUUUUAAAUUUUUCUGCUUUAUUGUUGUUUUUAUUGUACUAUUAUAAAUGGAAUAAAUUUAUGUGUUCAUUUGACAGAAUCAGGUUCGGGUUUUUUUUGGCUGGAAAUGAUUUUUAAAAAUUAAACUUUUUAAAUUCAGCGAGUCUUAACAGAGUCGAGUGUUUUUUGCGGACACGUUUUCGUUUGGAUUUUGCCGUUACAGAAUGCAGUGACAGCGCAGGAAAAGCAGAAGGAUAUUUGUCUUUGUUCUAAAAAAAGGUACCUAAUUGUAUGCUGUGUUAGCACAACGCAUCACGCGCGCGCUUGCGCUGGGCCCAGAAUCUGAACUUGGCCGGCAUAAUUUGCAAAAAAUAGCACGACAACAUGAUCACAUUGGUGCGGCGAGUAAACGGAGAAAGGGUUUAUUUUUAAAGAUUGUAUGUCAAGAACGAUGAGCGGGGUCGUUGCAAUGUGAAGCCCAGCAGUGCGGAGUGUUGCGUGUGGUGUCUUAGAAAUGCAGGGGAUAUGCAUGUGAUUCGUAUAUGGGGAAUUUGGGGGAAUUCGCUGCUAAAAAUACACGAACUCGGACUGUGAGCGCUGUUUCGGUAUGUUGUCAUAGCCCGGUUUCCGAGAGCGGUGCUGGUCAUAUGGCACAAUCUGCUGAUUGUCAUUAGAUGAAUUGUGGGGGUUAACGGGGAUGAUCGUCCAGCUGGGUUAUUACUUAGCCUAGAUGUGCAACCGCUGAUCGACAAAACAACAUCUGUAGGCAGAAUUGUGAAAUUUUUUACUUUGCAUAUUGUUUAGUGAACUUACAAAGAUAACAGUUAAUUUUGGCGUACUAAUCAAGCAGUUUUUUUUUUAAAUUUGGAAUUCCGAAUGACCAUUGAUCGAGCUAACUAGCAACAGUAUGGUGUGUUGAGGGAAAUUCUUUUACGUUUUCCGUUGGUAUAACUUCAUUAUUUAUUAAGUUAUUUUUGCCGACUGUUGUGUUAUGUUGUACAAACACAGCAUCUCGUUAUCGAUAACGCACAGUACUUCUGAUUCACAUUAGAGGAAACCAAUUUUCGUCAACUAUCGUAGUGCAGUGUAUCGGGUGAAAGACAGGCGCAAGUAGAAUGUCAUGGAAAUUAUUUCACAGAAUAAAAAUGUUGUACAGCUAUGCUUUUUGUCGUUAAAUUGUUACUUUUUUCCUACUUGUUUACGGCAGUUUCUGUCCCGUUAUGGUGUGAACUGCUAUAGAAGAUUUAAGAAAAAAUUUUUAUUUAAAUGUUUUGCGGUUAUAGUUUAUUUUGCGUUUUUUAUAUCAGUGAAUUUUUCGAAUUACAAACAGUAGUAUUUGAAAAUGGCGGAGAUGUUCGUGAUAUUUUUGCUGGUUUUACGUGUUUUCUUGACACUGCAGGGGAGCGUUGUUUUUCGGUGAAGGCAAGAUUUCCGUCAAGGUGAUUCU